GAUUAUGGCUUUAGAGUACGCAUUAAGCGAAAAAAAUAAGUAUUUACUUAUUUAUCAAUGUUUUUUACACGUAAAAGAACGAGAACAUGAAAAUAAAAUAUAUUGGAAAUGUUCAGAAUACAAAAAAAAUCACUGUAAAGGUCGCGUACACGUAGUAGACGAAAAAGUCACCAAAUAUAUUGAACAUAAUAAUCACGUUCCAAAUGCAGCAAAAAUCGAAGCAAAAAAAGUUAUUUCAAUUUUAAAGAAAAAUGCAUCACAAACAACUCUCAGCACACAUUCAGUUUUAGGAAACACAGUUAUGCAGGUAACAAGUGCAGUUUCCGCGGAAAUGUCGAGUGUUAAUACCUUGAAAAGGACAAUUCAACGUAUGCGCCAAAAGGAGGAAGCUGCACCGGCUAAUCCAAGUAAUUUCGAAUUUAUUAUACCAGAUCAAUAUAAGUAUAACUCCAAUGGCGAAUUAUUUUUAAAAUUCGAUAGUGGUCCUACUGAAUCUCGUAUUUUAAUAUUUACAACUCAACAAAAUUUAGAUUUUAUGAGCGAAUGUGAUAAUUGGUUUUGCGACGGAACAUUUUCAGUGGCACCCCCUAUUUUUUCUCAGUUAUAUACUAUACACGGGGUGUAUUAUUCCAACGUUAUUCCUAGUGUUUACAUAUUACUGCCAGAUAAAAAAGAAAAAACUUACCGUCACAUGUUUGAAAUUUUAAAAUCACUGAAACCAAAUUUAAAUCCAAAAAGUAUUAUGAUAGAUUAUGAAAGAGCAGCUUUAAAUGCUAUCGAAAUGGAGUUUUGUGAUACAGAGAUAAAAGGUUGUUUUUUUCAUAUGUCGCAAUGCAUUUGGCGUCAUGUACAAGAAUUGGUACCCGCAUUAGCAUUUAUUCCAGAAGCAGAUGUAAUUAAAUGUUAUGAUGCACUACUAACUACAAGUUACUACACAGAUAAUGAGGAUCUACUGGCGCCGCUGUUGGAUUAUUUCGAAAAAACAUGGGUAGGAAAAUUAGAUAGGAGAGGAAAAAGAAAACCGCCAAAAUAUGCAAUCACAUUAUUGAAUUGUUUUUCGAGAGUAAUCCAAGAUUUAGCUACAACAAAUAAUGCUAUAGAAGGGUGGCACAAUUGUUUCACAUCACUUAUAAAUGGUAAGCAUCCUUCAAUUUGGCGGUUUAUAGAUGCAUUAAAAAAAGAAGAGAGCAUAAACAGAUUCAAAAUCAAGCAGUACGUAGGUGGCAAUGAGCCUCCAAAAAAAAAAUUUACCGAGAUAGAGCGGCUAAAAUCAAAGAAAUAUGUACCAAUUAUAGCAAUAUUAUACAAAUAUUGAAGAUUUUCUUCGUGGCAUUGCAUACAAUUUUUAAUUGCAAGUUUAAUAUUUAGUGUUUAAUUCUUAUAUA